AACAGUCUCUCUCUCCUCCUCCUCCCCCUUGAAUGAUUCGUCACCCAAAGAAAGAUCUGCAACUUCACCACCGUACCACUUCCUCUCUCCUCUCUCUAUCUUCACCACGAGGAAUCAUCAUGAUCGAAGACCAAGACCUCGUCGACCAAUCACCACCACCGCCUCCUCCAGACCCAAACCCGAAUUCACUAAUCCACCCUCGACGCGUCUCUUUCGAGCACGGCCUCCUCCCGAUCCAGAAGCUCGUUCUCGCCGACCCGAUCCAAACCCUAGCUCCCGUGAAGCAGAAGCUAGCCGAUGCCGCCUCGAACAACCACCGCGUCGGAUCGGAUUCGAUCGCCGACGCUCUCCAGAUCUCCGGCGACCACGCUCGUCUCGUCCUCGAGACACUCGGCUCGGUGCUUCAUUCCGAGUCGGAUCCUCUGGUUGGGGCUAAACCGGAGGAGGUGGAAUCCGUGGGAGCUGAUUUGAGGGAUCUGGUUUUGUUUCUGUAUAUUCAGUCGUAUAAGAAGUUGCUGCCUAGGACGCAUAAGGACUCUGCCGCCGUGGCUGAUGUGUGGCCGUCCACUUCGGCUUUUGAUGGUUACUUGUCUGCCUUGUCUCCAAUUCAGCUUGUUCGCAGCAACAGCCGUCGGUUUAUGCCGUCACAAGCAGAUGACGAAGCUCAUCAGUUGUCAUACCUACAAAAACAUUUAGGAAAUAUCAUUUCUCUACUUGCAGAGCCUGUGGAAGGAGAAGGAGAAGAAUCAUUGGUUCUCUCUAUGGAGGCUUUUGAGCACCUGGGUUUUCUGGUUCAGUUCGGCGACAAGGGAUCUGAUGUAUCUCCACUGAGCCAAGCGACUCCUUUUUUUGCAAACUCGGAUCCGGAUAUGCCUGCUGUUCCAGUCCCUGCUUCCCAGGUGCAUGACUGGCUUCUGCAAAACAUAGCUUCCGCUUUAGAAAGUAUUACUGAGAGAAUUUCUGGGAAAGAGAACGGGCCAUCUAAUGCCUCUGAUCAAGAUGAUGCUAUGUCAGAUGCUUGUGCUGUUCCGAACAAGGUUGCACCUAGUGGUAGAGGCCCGUGUUUAAUCGAAGGAGUCUCCAAGACUUCACUUGUUAAGCAGGCCUCCGAUCUUAGGGGUAGAUCUGUAAAGGUUGUCAAUUGCCAUGAUUCUGUUAUUUAUCUUUUGGCGCCAUUGAGAUAUGCAACUGUGCAUGGAUGUUCUGAUACAACUAUAGUUCUAGGAGCUGUUGGCAAGGCACUAAAAGUUGAGCAUUGUGAGCGAGUUCAUGUGAUUGCAGCUGCCAAACGAGUGUGCAUCGCCAAUUGCCGUGAAUGUGUAUUCUUUUUGGGAGUCAAUCAGCGACCACUAAUUGUUGGUGAUAACCACAAACUGCAGGUCGCUCCAUAUAAUACAUAUUACUCCCAUUUGGGGGAGCACAUGAGUGAGGUAGGGGUUGAGCCAACUAUCAACAAAUGGGAUAAACCAUUGGUAUUGGGAGCAGUGGAUCCACAUGAUUCACUCUCACAUCCUGCAGGCGUUGCUGAUGCACAGGCUGAAUCAGCUGCUUGUGUGGACCCUGACCAGUUCAUUAACUUUUUGAUCCCAAACUGGUUUAGCGGCGAGGAGAUUGGUUCGACUAAAGACAAUCCAUUUCCAUUGCCAGACCCUUAUACGGCAGCUCAGCAGAGAAACCUUAAGAACUUGGAAGAAACAAGACGAUCUCUAAGAGAAACGCCUCUGGAAGAAAACCGGAAAAAGGAGCUAUCAACUGCACUCCACGUGUAUUUCAAAGACUGGCUCUAUGCAAGUGGAAAUAUAAGGCAACUCUACUGCUUACAAGGUGACUAAAUAAUGAACAAAUAAACCAAGUGGAAGAUGUCGCGUUUCUGUAGAGCUCUCUCGAUCAUUUUGGCAUAGUGAAGAAACCCAAGACCCCCCUCCCAACCUGAUUUGCAGUUUGGAAUCUGUACGCACCACGUAACUUAUCUGCACAGAACAUUCCACUAAAGCUUUUCCUUUAGAUCAUUAUUUUCUUUAUUUCUGCUUUGGUCAUGCUCAAUCUUUGUUCCUUUUGACAUUUCAAUCCCUCGUUUUUGUCCUCUUUUCGCUUUUUGAAAACCUUAUCUUGGGGACAAGAACAUGAUGUGUUCCUUGAACUGUUACUGUUUGCAGUUACAUAAGCAGGUAGGUGAAGAAUUACAGUGAAUUUCAAGGAAUUUCAAGGA